AUGUCUGGAGGUGCUGCUGCUGCUUCUGCUGCUGGUUAUGAUAGACAUAUUACAAUUUUCUCACCGGAAGGUCGUCUAUACCAAGUUGAAUAUGCUUUCAAGGCUACAAAUCAGACAAACUUGAACUCGCUAGCAGUUAGAGGAAAAAACUGCAGUGUUAUAAUCAAUCAAAAGAAAGUACCGGACAAAUUGCUAGACCCUUCCACAGUGUCAUACAUUUUCAAGAUAUCGAAAACAAUUGGUAUGGUCGCCAACGGCCCUAUUCCAGAUGCUAGAAACGCAGCCGCAAGGGCCAAGGGUGAAGCAGCUGAGUUUCGUUACAAAUAUGGUUACGACAUGCCUUGCGAUGUUUUAGCUAAGAGAAUGGCUAACCUUUCACAGAUAUACACACAAAGAGCAUAUAUGAGACCCCUAGGAGUCAUAUUAACUUUUAUCUCUGUUGACGAAGAAUUAGGCCCUUCCAUCUACAAGUGUGAUCCAGCUGGUUAUUAUGUUGGUUACAAAGCUACUGCUACUGGUCCAAAACAACAGGAGCUAACUACAAGUCUAGAGAACUACUACAAGAAAAAAAAUGUUGGCUCUCACUUGGAUAUGGAAGAAUGGGAGAAAGUCGUUGAAUUCGGAAUUACACAGAUGAUUGAUUCCCUAGGAACCGAAUUUUCCAAAAAGGACCUAGAGAUUGGUGUUGCUACCGAGAACAAAUUCAUCAUAUUGACUCCAGAUGAGAUCGAAGAAAGAUUAGUCGCCAUUGCAGAACAAGAUUGA